CAUUUGACAAAAGCUGUAUCUUUUCUAGCCAUGACCGUGUGUCUUGGGUCAUGCGUGUCCGUCUCCUUUAGCAUUCCGACUGGAAACACAGAUGCUCGCACGCACAGCACAGCAAAACCAACAAGAUAUUUGCAACAAGUGCAUGCAUUUUUUUGUCUCCCUGGACUAGCUACAGGUUAUACGGUUCAAGAGCACUCCAUGCCAUUCAGUAAUUGAUGCGCUUCUGUUUGAAAUCAGGCUCCGUGUAGCUAGCAAGCUACCAAAUCUGAAGGUAUGUCCUUCCAUCAGGGUCGAGGAGGGGGAGGUUGCCCCAGAGGAAGAGCACCCCCAGGUCAACAUGGGGGUCAACACGGCUCCCACCAAAAUUACCAGCCCACCAACCUAGGACCCCCACCUCCCCAGCCGCCAAUGCUCCCCUACCAGUACGACCCUCAGGCCCAGCACUGCACCUCUCACAGCUACGGUGGCCAAGGAAACAGUGGUGGGGGUGGUUACAUCACUGCACAUUCAGACUACAUGUCUUACCCCCCUCCAGUGCCCACUCAGGGGGGUAUGGCGGUCAGCCCCCUCAGCCAGUGCCCUGUACGCCCGCCCUUCCCCAACCCCCAGAGCCACCCCAACUUCCCCCCUCCUCCUCUUGCCGGCAACUCCAUAUCUGGGUCUCCAGCAUCAGCUCAGAGUUCUUACCACUAUAUGAUGCCUUCCGUACCCCCUCCACCCCUCCCUCACCCUCCCGGCAUGCCUCCCACCAUGCCUCCCCAGUCCAUGAGCUACCAUCAACCCCCCUACGCCAUGAACUACUCCCAUCCUCCAUUCCCUCCUCUGCCCAACUUUAGCCCAGGGGACUACGGCUCCCACCAGGGUCCCAGCUCCUUCAAGCCAGACCACGGGGGCUUCAGGCACGGUCCUCACGGAGGAGGAGGGCAGCAGUACAAGGCUGAGAAACAACAGCAAAUGGACGACAGAGGUCAGAGGUCGCCGGAGAGAGGCAGAGGGGGUCGCCAUGACGACCACAGGCAGCAGAAGGGUGGCUAUGCUUACGGCAGUCAUGGUGGCAGUGGUGGUGGGGGCGACAGACACAAGAUGGAUUUCCCCAUGAACCAGAGAGGGAAGGACCGAGGCAGGAGUCCGGACAGACGCAGGCCGGAGGGAGGGAGACACCGGUCAGAGUACGAGCAGCGUGGGAGGACUCCUCCUACUCGUCACCGGAGUAGAGAACGCAGCAGGGAGAGGCAUCGCCACAGAGACAGUCGGAGGUCUCAGUCACCUGACAGACACAGGAAGAGACCUAGAAGUCGAUCAGCCAGCAGAGAGAGGAAGCGUGGUCGCUGGGAGGAGGAGAGGGACCGGAGGUCCGACAUUCCGGGGAUGAGCAGAGACAGAGAGCGCAGCUAUACCUCCGUUAGGAGCCGAGACACAGAGACUGAAGUCUCCAUAGACCGGGACAGAGACCGGGAGAGAGAGAUGGACAGGGAGAGGGAGAGGGAGAGAGGAGAGAGGGAUAAAGGGGAGGGAGAUGAGAGAGAGGAGGAUGAGUUGCUGAAACCUGCGUGGAUCCGCUGUACCCAUGCUGAGAACUACUACUCCAGCGAUCCGAUGGAUCAAGUGGGUGAUUCUACGGUGGUGGGGACCAGUAAGCUGAGGGACCUGUACGAACGCUUCGAGGAAGAGCUGGUCAAGAGACAGGAGCGUGCUCAGUCAGCCCGGCCCAAAUGGGACCCUCCCAAGACCAAGCUAGAUGAGGAGCCCGGUACUGUAUUGAUAUCAGAUAGUAUCCCCAAAGAGGAGAGCCACAGCCACAGCAGCAGUGAGUCAGACUGUGAGUCUGACGGGGGAGGCAGUACCUGCUCCAGCAGCUCUGACUCUGACCUGUUUGACGUGAUCGCUGAGAUCAAGAGGAAGAAGGCCCAUCCACACCGUCUGCAUGACGAGCUGUGGUACAACGACCCAGGACAGAUGAACGAUGGGCCGUUGUGUAAGUGCAGUGCCAAGUCCAGACGCACAGGGAUACGCCACAGCAUCUACCCUGGAGAGGAGUCGGUGAAGGAAUGUCGUCCGAUGAACAACAACUCUGGGAAGCUCUACCACUAUAGAAUCACUGUGUCUCCACCUACUAACUUCCUGACGGACAGGCCUACGGUGAUUGAGUACGAUGACCAUGAGUACCUGUUCGAAGGCUUCUCCCUCUUCUCCCACAUGCCUCUCACUAACAUUCCAUUGUGCAGAGUGAUUCGUUUCAACAUAGAUUACACCAUUCACUUUAUUGAAGAGAUGACACCAGAGAACUACUGUGUGAAAGGACUGGAGCUGUUCUCUUCCUACCUAUUCCAGGAUAUACUGGAGCUCUAUGACUGGAACCUCACAGCUCCCGAGUGGGACAACCAAUCUCCUGGAUGUCAGAAGUUCCACUUCAUGCCUCGAUUUGUUCGCUUCUUACCUGAUGGUGGUAAGGAGGUGCUGUCCAUGCACCAGGUGCUCCUCUACCUCCUGCGGAGCUCCAAGCCUCUGGUCCCUGAGGAGGAGAUAGCUGACAUGCUGCAGUGGGAGGAACUGAAGUGGCAGAAGUACGCAGAGGAGUGCAAGGGCAUGAUCGUCACCAACCCUGGCAUGAAGCCUAGCUCUGUGCGUAUUGACCAGCUGGACAGAGAGCAGUUCAAUCCAGAGGUCAUUACCUUCCCCAUCAUCGUCCACUUCGGGAUCCGGCCUGCCCAGCUCAGCUACGCCGGGGACCCCCAGUACCAGAAGCUGUGGAAGAGCUAUGUGAAACUACGCCACCUGCUGGCUAACAGCCCCAAGGUCAAGCAGAUAGACAAGCAGAAACUAACACAGAGGGAGGAAGCCCUUCAGAAGAUCCGCCAGAAGAACACCAUGCGCCGGGAGGUGACUGUGGAGCUCAGCAGCCAGGGCUUCUGGAAGACUGGCAUCCGUUCUGACGUCUGUCAGCAUGCUAUGAUGUUGCCGGUGUUGACCCACCACAUCCGCUACCACCAGUGUCUGAAGCACCUGGAUGAGCUGAUUGGCUACGUCUUCAAGGAGCGCUGCCUGUUACAGCUGGCCAUGACUCACCCCAGCCACCACCUGAACUUCGGCAUGAACCCGGACCACGCCCGUAACUCUCUGUCCAACUGUGGCAUCCGCCAGCCCAAGUAUGGAGACAGGAAGGUCCACCACAUGUACAUGAGGAAGAAGGGAAUCAACACCUUGAUCAACAUCAUGUCUCGUCUUGGACAAGACGACCCCUCCCCCUCCAGAAUCAAUCACAACGAGCGGCUGGAGUUUCUCGGCGACGCUGUCGUGGAGUUUCUCACCAGUGUCCAUCUGUACUACCUGUUCCCCAGUCUGGAGGAAGGAGGGCUGGCAACCUACAGAACAGCCAUCGUACAGAACCAACACCUGGCCAUGCUCGCCAAGAAACUGGAGCUGGAUCGCUUCAUGCUGUAUGCCCACGGCCCAGACCUCUGUAGGGAGUCGGACCUGAGACAUGCGAUGGCCAACUGCUUUGAAGCACUCAUAGGAGCGGUAUAUUUGGAGGGCGGUCUGGAGGAGUCUAAGCAGCUGUUUGGGAGGCUACUUUUCAACGGAGAGGACCUACGAGAAGUGUGGCUCAACUACCCGCCCCAUCCUCUGCAGGUGCAGGAGCCGCAGACGGACAGGCAGCUGAUCGAGACGUCUCCGGUGCUUCAGAAGCUGACAGACUUUGAGGACACCAUCGGUGUUAUGUUCACACACUGUCGCCUGCUGGCCAGAGCUUUCACACUGAGGACCGUAGGCUUCAACCACCUCACACUGGGUCACAACCAGAGGAUGGAGUUCCUUGGAGACUCCAUCAUGCAGCUAGUGGCUACAGAGUACCUCUUCAUCCAUUUCCCCGACCACCACGAAGGACACUUAACGCUGUUGCGUAGCUCCUUGGUCAACAACCGUACUCAGGCCAAAGUUGCAGAGGAGCUGGGCAUGCAGGAGUUUGCGAUCACUAACGACAAAACUAAACGGCCAGUGGCCCUCCGGACCAAGACCCUUGCUGAUCUGCUGGAGUCUUUCAUCGCGGCGCUCUACAUCGAUAAGGAUUUGGAGUACGUUCACACCUUCAUGAACGUCUGCUUCUUCCCUCGACUGAAGGAGUUUAUCCUGAACCAGGAUUGGAACGAUCCUAAAUCCCAGCUCCAGCAGUGCUGCCUGACCCUGCGCACGGAGGGCAAGGAGCCCGACAUCCCCCUCUACAAGACCCUGCAGACAGUGGGGCCGUCUCACGCACGGACCUACACUGUGGCUGUGUACUUCAAAGGAGAGAGGAUAGGUUGUGGCAAGGGCCCAAGUAUCCAACAGGCAGAGAUGGGAGCUGCUAUGGACGCACUCGAGAAAUAUAACUUCCCUCAGAUGGCUCAUCAGAAGCGCUUCAUCGAGCGGAAAUACAGACAGGAGCUGAAAGAGAUGAGACGAGAUAGGGAUCGCCAGGAGAAGGAGGGAGACGAGCCAGAGGACAGCAGGAAGUAACAGAGCCCCUCUCCGACCAAUCGAUAUGGACAGAGCAUUUUUUCGACCAGUCAAGAUGGACGAUAUUGAAGAGUUUAGGGAAGGUGCAGGAGGUGGAGGGAUAAACAACUUCCAAACACUCUGAAUUGCAAAAUAAAAAUAUGUCCUCUCCUCGACUACUCCCCUUCAUCUGCAUCUGAUUGGAGAAGAUUUGACAGGUAAAAACAAUAUGGUGGAAGCUCAUCAUAAGGCUGGCUUUCACCUGGUCAGUUCAUUCAGAUCAAUGGAAGGAGAGGAUGUGAGGAGAGGACAUCUUUUUUGGGCAAUUGAGAAAGCACUAGUCUACAGUACACACCCUCUACUGUCUCGUCCCAUUGGUUUGAGGAUUGCCUUGCAUUUUUAGGGUUUGUUUAGGUUUGUUUUGAGCUGCUUUUAUGUGUAGGUCUUAAUCAAUUGAAUGUUGAUUAUGUAGUCAGGUUUUAAACUAAAUCUAAAACAUUGUUGGUUGUCGAUCAUGAUUAUAAUGAAUGGCAAUGACAGAAAUGCUUUGUUUUAAAUGUCUUUUUUAUUUGUACUGCAAGUGACAUUGAUAAUAAUUGAUAUGAAUAAAGGUAUUUGAAAUGUUAA